AAAAAUCCGUAAUCUGUGGUAUGGAGCGCGCCUGGAGAUGCAUGGCACGACGGAUGUGUCGCAAGCGGCCCCCCAGCACCAUGGCGAGGGUGUUGGGGUAGACGGAGGCUUCUAUGCCAAUGUAAUGCCUUACUUUCGCAAGCGGGGCUCUGCGGGAGUGGACCUGAAAUUCCCUAGCUACUCGUGGGAACUAUAUGGAUGAAUCUACACAAUGUACAAUUGGGGAAACCGGGAAUGAAAACGGGGAAACGAUAGAGGUAUUAGAAAAAACAAAGAGAGUAGGAGAACCGAUAACAGAGAACGAAGAAGGCAAGCACGUUGAAGGGAGACCUUUCGAAAAAUCGAACUUGAUGAGGAGAUCGCCAAUACAAAAUACUCCAAAGAAGCAGAUAGUAGUAAGGAAAAGCGAAGCAUUCGACGAGGUGUUUCAUACGCCCAAAGGAGGAGAAACUGAAGUGUUAAAGGCGAAAAACCGUGAAGCAGGAAAUACAGACGAUGAACACAACUGGGAAGAUGAGGACAUCGAGACUAGUCCAUGCUUUAAACUUCAGGAAAGUAAAGAAAAGCGGAAAAGAUCUGGAUCUACACCAAGAGAGAAUAAGAAAAAGCACGAGGAUAAGCUUACCAGUAUUAAAAGGUCAAUGAAAAGCGCGCUAAAGAAGACCGAGGGACUAAACAAGAUACUAAGUAACACACCGAAAACAAAAGUAGAAAUGAGAACAUGCAUAAAAGAACUAAUAACUAUAAUGAAAACACUUGGUAACAAAAUAGAAGAGUACGAGGAGGGCACUACUCCGAAAGAAGGAACCACAGAAACAGCAACAACACAGACGAUUAUUAAAACUACGAGAAGCAUUGGUGUGCAGGUCACAGAAGAAGUUCUAAACGAAGCAGAAAAAAAGCUACAAGACCAACUUAAAGCAGCAGAGAUUAGAGGAAAAAUGAAGAACCUCAAGGCAGAGAACGACCUUUGGGCGCUAACAGAGGAAGAAUGGCCGGAAGAGGCAUACAAAAAGACUAAACUAACAACUGAAAGCAUAUUGCCAGAAGGGGAUGUAGCGAUGUACCUUGAAACUAAUCAAACAGAAGGUAUUUCGAGGAAACUUAUGGACAAAUACCCUGAACUAGAGAGCACAGAACCAGAAAUAGACGCGAAAGGCAAACUAGCAUACAUGGUUGUCACAACCAGAAUUCCAAACAAGGGAGAAAUUAAAACGACAGAAAAGUUUGUUUUUAAAAUAAUGCCUACGGACACAGCUAUAGAAACAACAAGAAACAACGAUGUGAAAUUCUCAACUGCAAUAAACUACUUCGUGGAAGAAGCCACCAAACUAGGAAGAAACAAAAUAUCUUUAACACUACCAGAAGAAACAAACUUAGAUACGGCGAGAAAGCUGGUCGAGGUGGCUGCCCAAGACGCAGAAGUGAGCAUAGACAUUCUCCACACUCAAAUUAUACCAAAAACCAAGGCAAACAGAACAGAGGACAGAGGAGUAGUAAUUAUAAAGAAAAGGGAAGGAAAGUCAUAUGCGGACUUACUAAAAGAAGUCAAGGAUGGAGUCAGCAGUGCAGAUGUUGAAAUAGACAGCGUGCGACAGACACGAGAAGGCGGAGUACUAAUAAAAGUAAAAGGAGGCAUAGAUAGGGCGAACAAGAUCAAAGAUAUUAUUAAGGGAACACCAGCAAACAUAACAGACGUGGUGACAAGAUCUGGAGGCAAAACAAAAACGAUACACAUCUUUGGUCUUGAUAUGAUCACCAGCAAGGAGGAGAUAAUAAUGGCCAUACAGAGCCAAACGAAAACUGAAAACACAGAAGAAAUAGUUGUGAAAUCUAUCAGACCCACAGUUGCAGGCGGACAAAAUGCAACAGUCGAGCUGCAAGCUCGUAUCGCCGAAAACUUACUAAGAACUGGGGCCUUAAAGGUGGGCUGGAUGAGCCUCUCCAUCAAGGAAAGAAUAAAUCUGCAGCGAUGUUUUAGAUGCCAACAAAUAGGCCACGUAAGGGAGAACUGUCGAGGUGAAGACAGAACAAACGACUGUCUGAGGUGCGGCAAAACCGGCCACACAAUUAGAGAAUGCCCUAAAGACAAUGAGGAAUACUGCCACAACUGCAAAGAAGCUGGCCACAGAAAUAGCAAUAUGAGGUGCCCAAUAUACAAAAGACUCAUAGAGGAGGCCAGAAAAAAGGAAGCCAGACAGAGACUACCCAGCACUUUCUAACCAAGUAACAACAGCAGCGAACAACAACUACACAAGCAAACAACAACAAAAAACACACAAGCACCAAGGAAAAGAGGGAAAUGCAAAGGAUACGUAUUUUACAAACAAAUCUUGGAAGAACCAGGGCAGCACACGAUGCAGCCUACUCUACAGCAUCAGAAAUUGACGCCGAUAUAAUAAUCGUCAGCGAACCCAACAAAAAAAUCUGCGCAAAAAGAGGCUGGUUUGUCGAUAAUCUAAAAAACGUCGCUGUUUACAUAAAAAAUAACCGUAUUUGCAUUAAAAAAAUAAACUCCUACGACCACUACCUGACAGUUACAUUUCCAGGCUUCACAUUGUACGCAGUCUACCUUUCACCAAAUAUACCCUAUCAGGACUACACAAAUAGCAUCGACAACAUCAUGGAAAACGCCAGACACUGCCAGACAGAGCUAGUUAUCGCAGGUGACUUCAACGCCAAAUCGGCCGAAUGGGGAUCGCCUGUAACUGAUAGAAGGGGAACAUUAUUUAUGGAAUGGAUUACAACACUAAACCUCAAUGUACUUAACAGAGGCGACAAACCCACCUUUGUGAGAGGAGCUUCAAAAUCCUUCAUCGAUGUCACAUGUGCCAGUCAGGAAAUAUGUAAAUCAAUAGGCAGCUGGCAAGUACUAGAAGACGAGACACUAACACAACACAAAUUCAUAGAAUACACUAUUGAUGGAAAACCAACAAAAGAUCGUAGAAACCCCGCCACCGUAGACUGGGAAGCUUGCAGGGCCCUUAUUGACUGGCACACAAAAGAAAGAGAAACCGUGGACAUAGACGAAUACAGUGAUAUUACUAACAAAAUAUGGAAAGGGAGCAUUGUAAGGAACAAAGCAGGCAGAGGGACACCCUAUUGGUGGACAGCUGAUAUUGCAAAUAAAAGGCGCGAGUGCAUAAGAAACAGACGAACUGCUUGCAGAAUACGCACAAAUAGAAGACACAGCACAAGAGAGAUCGAAACUGCAGAAAAUACCUACAAAGCAUCGAAGACAGAGCUAAAAAAACUAAUAUUCACUUCAAAAAAGAAACUCUGGCAGGAAUUACUGCAGCAACUUGAAAACGACAUAUGGGGGGAUGGCUAUAGAAUUGUAAUGAAGCAGCUUAGAGCUUACAUCCCGUAUGCACUACCCAGGGAGGAGAAGCUCAAAAUUGUUCAUGAACUAUUUCCUAAAGGCACAAAUAUGAAUAUCAGAAGAGAAACCAGUGCAGAAGUCAACAUGUUUAGCGCAGAAGAGCUAUCGAAAUGCUUAAACGCCCUCAAAAAUAAAAAAUCCCCGGGAAUAGACGGUAUACCCCCAGAACUUGUCAAACUAAUAGGCAAGGAAAAGCCGAACUGGCUCUUAGGGUUUCUCAACGAACUCCUGACCCUACAAAUCUUCCCCAGCGCAUGGAAAAUAGCGAAGCUGGUCUUGAUACCAAAGAGCAACGUACAAACCGAUCCAAAUAGUACGAAAUACAGACCAAUCUGCCUACUAAACACUAUAAGUAAAGUUUACGAAGCGCUAAUCAAGGGCAGACUAGAAGCAUACCUGGACGAAGAAGGAGGGAUAUGCGAGGAACAGUACGGAUUCCGCAGGAAAAAAUCAACUAUUCAAGCCAUAGAGAAGGUCAUCUCUCUGACACGGGUAGAAAAUGAAAAAAAAUGGGGACUGCUAAUUACUUUAGACGUAAAAAAUGCCUUCAACAGUGCUUCAUGGGACAAAAUCAAAAAAUGUCUGGCGAGACUAAACAUCCCACAAUACUUGCAAAACAUAAUAGAUGACUAUCUACACGACAGGGGUAUAACUAUCGGCAAUAAAGAGGUCGUAAAUAUCACAGCAGGCGUCCCUCAGGGAUCGGUCCUUGGACCAACCCUGUGGAACAUAGUGUAUGACGGGGUACUAAAUUGCAGAUUCCCGGAAGGAGUUAAUGCAGUAGCUUUCGCCGAUGAUUUAGCUCUCACGGUAUGUGCAAAUACAAAAUACAACCUCAUCCAUAAAGCAGAAGUAGCCCUUGAUAUGGUAGAGAUCUGGAUGGAAAAACAUAAGCUUACCCUAGCAAAACACAAAACCGAGAUGAUAGUUCUAAAAGGCCCCAAGAAAAAAACAAACCUCAUAGUACGCAUGACAGACACAGAAAUAAGACCUACAAAACACGUUAAAUACCUGGGAAUAACUUUAAGCGAAAAAGGAAAGUAUGGAGAACACCUGAAAAAAAUCACCAGAAAAGCAGAACAGCGAAUUACAAGCCUGUCUCGCAUUAUGCCAAAUCUAGGAGGCCCAAGCAGCAUGAGAAGAAAGAUUCUUCACGGCGUGGUCCAAUCCACCAUACUGUAUGGCGCACAGAUAUGGCAUCAGAUGCUCCAUAUAAAAUACUAUAA